AUGGCAGCUGAACGUGCCCUAGAAGGCCUUCAGACCGCCCGCUCAGCUGACCCUGAAGCUUACUCACAGCCCAAGGCCUUCAACGAGAAGACCGUUAAUCUAGACACUUCCGACGGAAGUGAUCGCGGCAGCAGCGAAGAAGAGCUUGAGAAGGAUGCUCAGGCUGGUGUCCGUGCCGUUGAGGCAGCCACGAGUGUUUGGACAAAGACUCACCUUUGGACUGCCUACGCGAACAUCUGGCUUAUCUACUGCGUUAUUUCGAUCCAGGAGCCCGUUGUACGCGCGAUGAAUCCCUAUGUCACCAGUGCUUUCAGUCUGCACUCCCUCACCGCUGCGACCGGAAUUGUGUCUAGUAUUGUCAGCGGCUUGUCCCAGAUACCUCUUGCAAAGAUCUUAGAUACUUGGGGCCGCCCUCAGGGCAUUGCGCUUUCUAUGCUCAUCUGGGACAUUGGAUACAUCAUGAUGGCUGCAACGGACAGUGUCGAGAUGUAUGCUGCAGCUCAAGUCUUUGCUUCUGUUGGACAGACCGGAGUCUCAUACUCCAUGACGGUCUUCAUAUCGGAUACAUCGCACCUCAAAAACCGAGCUCUAAUGCUUGCUUUCGCAACCACACCCUACAUUUUCACCACCUGGGCCGGUGGUCCCUUGGCUCAAUCGACUCUGAACACGAUAGGAUGGAGAUGGGCUUUUGGUAUCUUCACAAUAGUCCUCCCCAUCGUUGUUCUCCCGCUCGCUGGUCUCCUCUACUGGAAUCAACGCAAGGCCCAACGUGCUGGCCUUAUCGAAGCUCAGUACAUCCGCGUUAACGCCACCAGCAUCAAGAACUAUGCUAUCGAGGUCGACUUGCUGGGUGUACUCAUUCUUGCGGCAGGCCUUGCACUUUUCCUACUCCCUUUCAGCUUGUGGUCGUACCAGGCAGACGAAUGGAAGUCGCCUAUGAUUAUUUGCAUGAUCAUCUUCGGAGGUCUUCUCAUCAUCGGCUUCGUCCUUUAUGAACGUUACUUCGCUAUCAAGACCUUCAUCCCCUUCAAUCUGCUCCUCGAUCGCACCGUCAUUGCAGGAGGAAUCAUGUUCGUGUUUGUGUUCUUCAAUCACUCCAUCUGGGGCAGCUACUUCGGCUCUAUGCUGCAAGUGGUUUGGGGACUUAGCGUCACCGAAGCCAGCUACCUCACAUCCAUCCGCCGCGUGGGCCAGUGCUUCUUCGGUGUUGCCGUGGGCGCCAUGAUCAAGUUCUCUGGACGGUUCAAAUGGAUUGCCCUCAGCUUUGGCAUACCAUUGAUGAUGCUUGGAACCGGCUUGCUGAUUCCAUUCCGGACGCCAGGCACCAACAUCGGGCUUAUCGCCAUGACGCAGAUCUUCCUAUCCUUCUCCUCCGGCGCCGUUGUCCUCACUGGCGAGAUCGCCAUGAUGGCACCGGGUGGUCAUCAACAUGUCGCUGUCACUCUAGCCUGCCUCAAUCUCUUCUGCAGCAUCGGUAGCGCAAUUGGACAGACUGUCUCAUCCGCUAUCUGGACAGGUAGUUUCCCGCAAGCUCUCGCAAGGGAGCUCCCGGAGGGAUCUGAUGUCAUCACAAUCUAUGGGAAGCUGACGGAACAAUUAGCUUAUCCAUUAGGAAGCCCGGAAAGAGAUGGUAUCAUUCGAGCAUAUGGACAUUCGCAGCGGUUGAUGCUUAUCACUAGUCUAGGUGGUCUGGCUGGAGCUUGCAUUGCUGUAUGUUGUUGGCGCAACAUCAAGGUCAAAGAUCACAAGCAGGUGAAGGGUCUAGUGGCCUAA